AUGGGUUGUGUGAGGUCAAAGGAAGCUGGUGGACAAGAGAAGAUAACAAAAACUGACCCUGAUCCUGAUCCUGGCCCCACCAUCCAGCAGGGCCACUAUGUGAGAGACCCCACGGCCACCAACAAGAGGAACACCAAUGUCCCCAGCAUGGCUGUGCCCCUGCCCGAGGAUGGCCCAGGGGACACCGUGGUGCUGGCACUCUAUGACUACGAGGCCAUGAACUCUGGGGACCUCAGCUUCCAGAAGGGCGAGCGCAUGAAGGUCCUGGAGAAGUCAGGGGAAUGGUGGCGAGCACGGUCGCUGGUGACAGGACGUGAAGGCUUCAUCCCCAGCAACUACGUUGCCCAAGACAACUCGCUGGAGACAGAGGAGUGGUUCUUCAAGGAUGUCAGCAGGAAGGAUGCAGAGCGCCAGCUCCUUGGCCCUGGGAACAUGAUUGGCUCCUUCAUGAUCAGGGACAGCGAGACAACGAAAGGCUCCUACUCGCUCUCGGUGCGGGACGCGGACGAGCUGCGGGGCGGGGCCGUGAAGCAUUACAAGAUCCGGACCCUGGACAGCGGCGGCUUCUACAUCUCCCCUCGGAACAACUUCAACACGCUGCAGGAGCUCGUCCAGCACUACCAGGGUCACAGCGAUGGGCUGUGCCAGAGGCUCACCCACCCGUGCCGAGUGCCCAAACCACAGAAGCCCUGGGAGAAAGACGCCUGGGAGAUCCCUCGGGAAUCCCUGAGCCUGGAGAGGAAGCUGGGAGCCGGGCAGUUCGGAGAAGUGUGGAUGGCCACGUACAACAAGCACACCAAGGUGGCAGUGAAGACCAUGAAGCCGGGCAGCAUGUCUGUGGAAGCCUUCCUGGAGGAGGCAAACUUGAUGAAGACUCUGCAGCACGACAAGCUGGUGAAGCUGCAUGCAGUGGUCACCAGGGAGGAGCCCAUCUUCAUCAUCACCGAAUUCAUGGAGAAAGGGAGCUUGCUGGAUUUCCUGAAGAGCAAUGAGGGGAACAAGCUGCCGCUGCCGAAGCUGAUCGACUUCUCUGCCCAGAUUGCAGAAGGAAUGGCUUUUAUUGAGAAGAGGAACUACAUCCACAGAGACCUGAGAGCCGCCAACAUCCUGGUGUCAGCAGUGCUGGUGUGCAAGAUUGCAGACUUUGGGCUGGCCAGGGUCAUUGAGGACACCGAGUACACAGCCCGGGAAGGUGCCAAGUUUCCCAUUAAAUGGACUGCACCAGAAGCCAUCAACUACGGAUCUUUCACUAUAAAAUCAGAUGUCUGGUCCUUUGGGGUCCUCCUGACUGAGAUCAUCACCUAUGGACGCAUCCCCUACCCAGGGAUGUCCAGUGUGGAGGUGAUCAGGGCUCUGGAACGUGGCUACCGGAUGCCCCGCACAGAUAACUGCCCUGAGGAGCUCUACGACAUCAUGAUGAGGUGCUGGAAGAUCAAACCCGAGGAUCGCCCCACUUUUGAUUACAUACAGAGUGUUCUGGAGGAUUUCUUCACUGCCACAGAGAGCCAGUACCAGCAGGAGCCCUAGCACGGGAUGCUUGGGGCGGACACUGCCAGCUCUUCCCUGUCUCACUUGUGUUUUGCUUCCCUGCCAGCCUGGCCCAGGAACCUCAGCCUUGCUGGAGUGGCUGGGCUGGAGCAGCACAUGAUGGAGGGAGAAGAGACGUGGCCACACCUUGUGCCUUUCCCAGGAGCCUGAAUGCCCCUGGGGCAGUGGCUCCAGGAAGUGCUGGCUGGACAGUGGUGCCCGGACCCCAGGAGGAUGGACAGGGAUGGGCAGUUCCUGCUUUUGCUGCAAGGAAAAGCCCAGAUCAGUGUUUUUAUAAUCCUUCUGAGAUUUUAUCACGUUGCUCUGCAGAAGUAGGUGCCUUAGGUGCUGGCCUUGGGGAAAUGCCCUGCGGUGCCUGUGCUCCCUGUGUGAUUGAGCCCAGGGGAUCCCCCUAAGGGACGCUGCAGUGCAGCCCCUGGGCUCAGCAUCAGCACAGGACCCUGGGGUUUGGAUGUUGAAUGUCACAGACCCUUGUCCUCCUCUCUCCCUCCUGGGUUUCCUUCCCCAGUAUUUUCAUGGCAGGCCCUGUGCAGAGUGCAGGUUUGGGGAGGCUGUGCCACAGGGGCAGAUGGACACAGAGCUUUUCCAAGCCAUCCCUGCAUGGAUUCACUUGCUUUGGGAGGAACCUCUGGAGCACAAAGCCACGACAAAAGGAGCUCUCUCCCCCAUGGCAAAGCUUACCGGCAGCAUUUGUUGUCUGCUGGGGCAUUUGCAGAGUCAGCAAGGGCCAGGUGCUCCCUGCACACUCACUUAAUGUUACUGUUUAUUUUUAGUAUUUCAUCCGGUUAUUUGGGGAAAAGGAGUAAACAGAAUUUUUUUAAAGACAGCCAUGUACCUCUUACAGCAGGAAGACUGGCGCCUGUGAUUACAUUUUUGAUAUCAAAAGGCAAACGCCAUCGCUUCUGCUUUGGGAUCUUUUAUUUUGUAAUCAAUAAAAUAUUUAUCAACCUUUUCUUUCUUGGCCGCUCCUGCUGCUCCGCAGCCCGGGCAGGGGCCCGCAGCCGGGCAGACCCG